CUUUUUUUUGUAUGGUAAUACUCUAGAUCUGGAGAUCUCAUCGGCCUUAAAGAUCACCUCAUUCAAAUAUAUAUGUAUAUAUUUUUCCCCCUUUCUGUGUAGCAAUUGCUGAGGUUUUUGUGCAAAGAUUCAAUCUUUAUGGGUGGGAAACGACUCAGAAUCGAUACCAAUUUUCAACUCAAGAAGUGUGCAAAGAAACGUGUUGUGGGCGAAGAUGAUGAUCGGAUAAGUCAGUUGCCUGACGACAUUCUCAUUGAUAUACUCUCUUUCCUAUCGAUCAAUGAAGCAGCACGCACUAGUGUUCUUUCGUCUCGUUGGAUCAACUUGUGGAAGCACACCCCCUCCCUCAAUUUCGAUGCUCUUAGUGCAUUGAGAAAUAAAAUACAAGAGUCCUCGGAUUGGCGCAAGUUACUCAAAACUGAGAGACGCAACUAUAGGAGAUGGGUAAACUCUGUUCUCCGAUCACACAAAUCUACCACCUUAAAAGAAUUCAUAAUCCGUUUCGAUUUGAACAAUUCGUACAAGAGCUCAAUCGCUCGAUGGCUUGAUUUCGCGUUUGCCAGACAAGUUCAGACGUUAGAGUUGGACCUUGGUAUUUAUAGCAAUUGUCUUUUCUCAGGAGAGUUUCUUUACGACCGAAGAAGUGUCGGAGCACCUAAAAGCAUGGUUGUUGGAUUUAAGUCCCUCAAAUCAUUAACUCUCAGAUAUAUUGAUAUGACUGGUGGAGAUAUCGAGUGCAUUUUACAUAAUUGCCCCUUACUCGAACAAUUGGUUGUCCAUGGAGCCCAAAGAAUGUCAAAUCUCGAAGUUUGUGGCUCAUCGCUCGUGUUGAAACACUUGAAGAUUGUCAAUUGCUACGAUUUUAUAUCCCUUAAAGUUUCGGCGCCGAGGCUUACUUCACUUACGGUUAAGAUGUUUGAGGAACUCUUGCUCGAGCAUGUUCCAAUGCUAACUGAGGUGUCUCUUCGUUGCGAUUCAUGCAGUAUUUCUAUCAAACGUGUGUUCUCCCAACUGUCUUGCUGCAUUUCGCAACUGAAGGUUCUUUGCUUGCAGCUGAUAUGCUUACAGUAUAGUAUUGAACAACCAAUCGAGCUUUGCGAGUUCCCUGAAAUGCCUAAAUUGAAUAAGUUAGUCAUCAAAUGUUGUGCAACAGGUGAUGAAAGCCUUGUUAGAUUGACUGCGUUCAUGAGGGCAUUUCCUUACUUGGAGGAAUUUGUCUUAAAGUACGAAUGGUAUAGACUUCCGAGGGAAGAUAAAGUAAUGAAGGAUGCUAUAGUACGGUCUCCCCACAAUCACCUUAAAGUAUUCAAGUUUUGUGGCUAUUAUGGCCGAACCAUUGAUGCUGAAUUACUUAGCUACAUUUUGGAGAAGUGCGUUGUGCUUGAAAAAAUAAUAAUUGAUCCAUCCGGUGCAAUAUCCCCUGACACUGACGAAUUAGAUGUGGAACAUACUGCGAGGAAGAACGCAAAGGAACAUAUUGAACCACAUGUACCUCACCACGUUCAAUUGGUUGUUCUUUAAACCCACUUUAGGCUUUUGCAUUAUCAAAUUAUGUGUUUUAGUGUGUAUUCAUGAGUUUAAACCGAUAAGUUCUUCUCUUAUUUGAUUAUGCAAGCACUUGUUGUAAUCUAUCUUUCUCACCAAUAUUGUAAAUAUGGUGAACAUGUCAGGCAGUCAUGCUUUAUGAUAUUUGUGAUAAUAUCUAUUUAUUUUGUGGUCUAUUUAUCAAUAAUAGUGGUGUUUAUA